UCAUAAUCAUUCUCAUAAUAUACUACUAGUCUCAAUUAGCUUCUUAGUUUGCCAACUAUGGCAACUUUUCCCAAAAUUUUGGUCAUUGCUAUUUUUAGCAUGGUGUGCUCGUUGUUUUGGAACACUAAUGUUGUUGAUGCAACUAACACCGGCAUCACUAGGCACUACAAGUUUGAUAUAAAGCUACAAAAUGUGACAAGAUUAUGCCAUACCAAAAGCAUUGUGACAGUAAACGGACAGUUUCCAGGGCCUCGAAUCGUUGCUCGAGAGGGUGAUCGACUUGUUAUCAAAGUCGUCAACCAUGUCCGGAACAACAUUUCCAUCCAUUGGCAUGGAAUCAGACAGCUACUGAGUGGAUGGGCAGACGGUCCAGCAUACAUCACACAAUGUCCUAUCCAAACCGGACAGACUUAUGUUUAUAACUUCACCAUUAUUGGGCAGCGAGGGACACUUUGGUGGCAUGCUCACAUUUCGUGGCUAAGAUCAACCCUCUAUGGACCUAUCAUUAUUCUCCCAAAACGCGGUGUUCCUUACCCUUUUUCUCAGCCUUAUAAGGAAGUUCCACUUAUGUUUGGAGAAUGGUGGAAUGCGGAUCCUGAAGCAGUGAUUGCGCAAGCAUUGCAAACAGGAGGCGGCCCAAAUGUAUCGGAUGCCUACACCAUCAAUGGCCUUCCUGGACUAUUAUACAAUUGCUCCGCAAAAGAUACAUUCAAGUUGAGUGUAAAACCGGGGAAAACUUACCUCCUUAGACUGAUAAACGCGGCACUAAAUGAUGAACUAUUUUUCAGCAUAGCAAAUCACACUCUUAUCACAGUGGAUGUAGAUGCCAUCUAUGUUAAGCCCUUCGAAACAAAUACAAUUAUCAUAACACCCGGUCAAACCACCAAUGUUCUGCUCAAAACCAAGCCUUAUUAUCCUAAUGCUGACUUUCUUAUGAUGGCUCGGCCUUAUGUUACUGGAAAUGGGACUUUCGAUAACUCAACAGUCGCGGGAAUCCUUCACUACAACCACCCAAAACAAUCAACGAAGCUUCGUGUUUUUAAGCCCACAUUACCAGCUCUAAGAGACACAUCUUUUGUUACUAAUUUUACUAGUAAACUUAGAAGUCUAGCAAAUGCAGAGUAUCCUGCUAAUGUACCUAAAAAUGUCGAUAAACAUUUCUUUUUUACGAUUGGGUUAGGAACAAACCCGUGUCCAAAAAAUCGAACAUGUCAAGGCCCGAGUAAUAAAACCAUGUUUGCUGCAGCUGUUAACAAUGUGUCCUUUGUUAUGCCUUCAAAAGCUCUUCUACAAGCCCAUUUUUUGCAUCAAAAUAAUGGGCUUUAUUCCACUAGUUUUCCCUCCUCACCUUUAAUUCCCUUUAACUACACCGGAACGCCUCCUAACAAUACGAUGGUGAUAGACGGGACUAAGAUGGUUGUUCUUCCUUUCAACACGAGUGUCGAGCUCGUGUUGCAGGAUACAAGUAUACUUGGGGCUGAAAGUCAUCCCCUUCAUCUUCAUGGGCUCAAUUUCUAUGUGGUUGGUCAAGGAUUUGGAAAUUUUGAUCCUAAUAAAGACCCUGCUAAGUACAAUCUUGUUGACCCUGUUGAGAGGAAUACCGUUGGAGUUCCUGCUGGUGGGUGGGUUGCUAUUCGUUUCCUUGCUGAUAAUCCAGGAGUUUGGUUCAUGCAUUGCCAUUUGGAAGUUCACACAAGCUGGGGAUUGAAGAUGGCUUGGGUUGUGGAAGAUGGAAAACAUCCUAAUCAAAAGCUGCCACCACCACCACAAGAUCUGCCUAAGUGCUAGAUGUUGUUUUGUGACAACAGACAAGUUUCUGACUAGAGUCUCUAGCAGAGAUUGAUCGUGCAUUUUCCCUGAAUUGCUAACCCUUUACUACUCCGUACAUUUUAGUUUGUCUUAAGUUUGAAUUUUUUUUAUUUUGUAAUUUGUUUUCUCGUUUUAUUUUCUUUUAAGAUUCAUUUUGAAUGACACAUAGUUAUGAAUUUUUUUUAAUGCAUGAGUGUAACUUCCAUGUAAGUUAAUUCGAAGGAAAUAUCUUGAAUUGAAUUUAU